GUGAAUGCAGUGCCUGUAUUAGCUGAAGGAACUUUAAACAGGAAAUUCUAAUUUUUCUUUUGCCUCAGUUUCUCAAUUCGAAACUGGGAAGGAGACUGAUCACAGAUUAUAUUGACCAUCUGAUUAUUUCUGACAAAGCCUUGAUGAAGGCUUUUACUUAGCAUUGGUCGACUAAGUAAAUGCCUUGUAUGCUAGUGAAAGGGGAGAAUACUCUGAGAAACAGGAUAGUGUGCUGAUUCACCCUCCUCAGAUCUUGAGUGCAUACAGUGUAAGCCAUCUGUGAUGUGUACUCAGUUCUCAUAGGUUCCAUAACUGAAGGCAAAACCUAGGGGCCUUCUGCUUUGCUUAUUUCAUGUCAGCUCAAAUAUCAUAGACUUUGUUUAUUAGAAUCCAGAGAAAAUGAAUUUCUUUUCUCAUGUAAAUGUAAAUAGUGAACAAAUCCAAGAAUAGUUCCAUUACAGUUGAUUCUUGGAACAAGAAAAAAAAAAAUGGCACUAAGAGGCAAAACAGAAGGCUGGGAUAGCUAAUGGGUGAGGUCCUGCUUUGUAGCAACACACACACAGACAAUAACAGCAGCAAAACAACUCUAAAGAACUUCUGUUUGCUUUUUGUUUGGUUGGUUUUCUGUUCUGUUUUGUUUUGUGUUCUGUUUGGUUGGUUUGGUUUUGUUUUUUUGUGGGUUUUUUUUGUUUGUUUGUUUUUUGUUUUGUUUGUUUUUCAAGACAGAGUUUCUCUGUGUAGCCUUGCCUGUUCUAGACUUGCUUUGUAGACCAGGCUGGCAUCAAACUCACAGAGAUCCACCUGCCUCUGCCUCCCUAAGUACUGGGAUUACAGGUACGCGCCACCAUGCCCAGUUCUGUUUUGUUUUUGUUGUUGUUGUUUUGUUUUUAAUUUUGUUCUUGUUCUUGUUUUCGUUCUUUUAAGACAGUGUCUUGCUGUGUAGCCCAGGUUCAACCUCCAACCAGAACUUUCCCACCAGCCAGAACAUUCAGUGAGGAACCAUGUUUUUAUAAGGUCACAGGAGCUUACAGGAACAGCAUAGAAGGCCAGUGGCCUCCUGCCUCUGUGGCCCUGGUCCAGGAGACACUGCGGACAUGUAGGGUGAACCCACACCUCCUCUCAGCAGAAGAAGAAACACUGCUGACCUUCUGCUUUCUUUUAAGCUCUUUUAUUUUAUUUGGGGCUGGAGAGGUGGCUCAGCAGUUUAAAGCACUGGCUGCUCUUCUAGAGGGCCUGGGUUCAAUUUCCAGCGCCCACAUGGCAGCUCACUCCUUCUGAGACUCCAGUUCCAGGGGAUUCAUGGCACCAGGCCUGCAUGUGGUGCACAAGCCUGUGCAGGAAGGCAAAACACCCACACACAAAAAAGGUGUUCUGGCACUCGAGCGCCCACGUUCUGGGUGCAGCCGCUGAACAACAUCUGGGUGCUGUUCUCUGCCGAGGUCCAAGUACAGAAUCUGGCUUUUACCACGAUUUCUUCCUGGGGAAUGAGCGGACAAUCCGCAGCUCAGAGUUGCCCAUUUUGGAGCGGAUUUGCCAGGAGAUCAUAGCUGCUGCACAACCUUUUCGAAGGCUAGAGGCUUCCCGGGAUCAGCUUCGCCAGCUCUUCAGGGAGAACCACUUCAAGCUUCAUCUGAUGGAGGAGAAAGGGACUGGCCCAGCAGCAACAGUGUACGCGUGUGGCACGUCGGUUGACCUUUGCCAGGGCCCUCAUCUUCGGCACACCGGACAGAUAGGAGCACUGAAGCUGCUGACGAACUCCUCAGCCUUGUGGAGGUCCUCAGGAGCACCAGCGGCACUGCAGAGAAUAUGGGGAAUUUCCUUCCCCAAGGCAGAGUUACUGAAGAACUGGGAAGCACGAAGGGAGGAAGCAGAGUUAAGAGAUCACAGACGCAUCGGGAAGGAACAGGAGCUCUUCUUCUUCCAUGAGCUGAGCCCUGGGAGCUGCUUUUUCCUGCCACGAGGGACAAGAGUCUAUAAUGCCCUGGUGGCUUUCAUCAGGGCUGAGUAUGCCCGCCGUGGUUUCUCAGAGGUGAAGACCCCCAUGCUGUUUUCCACAAAACUCUGGGAGCAGUCAGGGCACUGGGAGCAUUACAGGGCAGACAUGUUUUCCCUGAAGCCCCCAAGCACUGACGUUGUCGACAGCUCCCAGAGUGGCCACCCUGCCAGGUGUCCCAAAGACAUGCUUGCUCUCAAGCCCAUGAACUGCCCUGCACACUGCCUGAUGUUUGCUCACCGGCCCAGAUCCUGGCGGGAACUGCCUGUGCGGCUGGCUGAUUUCGGAGUCCUGCAUCGGGCAGAGGCUUCCGGCAGCCUGGGAGGAUUGACACGGCUGUGGUGCUUCCAGCAGGAUGAUGCUCACAUCUUCUGUGCACCCAAUCAGCUGGGAGCAGAGAUCCGGGGCUGCCUGGAUUUUCUCCGAUCUGUUUAUGCUGUUCUUGGUUUUUCCUUCCACCUGGCUUUAUCUACUCGACCAUCUGACUUCCUAGGGGAGCCUCACCUGUGGGACCAGGCUGAGCAGGUCCUACAACAAGCCUUGGAGGAAUUUGGAGAACCCUGGGACCUUAACCCUGGAGAUGGUGCUUUCUAUGGGCCUAAGAUUGAUGUGCACCUCCACGACGCCCUCGGUCGGCCCCACCAGUGUGGAACCAUCCAGCUUGACUUCCAGCUGCCUCGGAGAUUCAAUCUUCAAUACAAGGGGCAGGCGGGGGCCCUUGAAUGCCCUGUCCUUAUUCACCGGGCAGUGCUUGGCUCCGUGGAAAGGCUGUUGGGAGUGCUGGCAGAAAGCUGCGGGGGGAAAUGGCCCCUGUGGCUAUCCCCAUUCCAGGUAGUGGUCAUCCCUGUGGGGACAGAGCAAGAGGAAUAUGCCAGGCAGGUACAACAGUGCCUGCAGGCUGCAGGGCUCAUCGGUGAUCUCGAUGCUGAUCCUGGACUGACCCUCAGCCGGAGAGUCCGCCGGGCCCAGCUUGCCCACUACAAUUUUCAGUUUGUGGUUGGCCAGAGAGAGCAGAGCCGAAGAACCGUGAACGUACGGACUCGAGACAACCGACAGUUGGGGGAGCGAGGCUUGGCCGAGGCUGUGCAGAGACUGUUGGAGUUACAGGACUCCAGGGUCCCCAAUGCGGAAGAAGUGUUCUGACUUCUAUUCCCUGCUGAGCUGUGGACUGGUGAGAGCUGUCCAUCCUUAGCACAGGAGACUCCCCUCACCUGGCAGCCCAGCAUAUCCCUGAGUCCUCAUAACUGCUCUCCUGGAAAUAGACUUGGUGAGGAAUUCCCCACAGGAAGGAACACUGUGCUUGAAUAGAAGGAGAAUAAAAAAUAAACUUAAGCUGA